AUGCACAGCAGCGAGACGCUCGCAGCUCCGCCGUCGACGGGCCCCAACCUCCUCCUGGAGCUGGGUCGCCUCAUCGUCCGCUCGCGCAGCCGCAGCCCCCCGCCCUCCCCCGCCCCCGCGCCAGCGCCGUCCCCCCACGACCGCCUGCUGCAAGCCAAGCUCCGAGCCGCGAGACCUUCUACCAGUCACCAGCUCCUCAACAGCUAUGUCGCCCUGGUACUUAACCUGCUCUCGCUUCUACAAGGCAGGUCUACACUUCUACAAGCGAGCGCGUCACCGAACUCUUCAGCAGUUAUGUCGUCCUGGUACUCUAGACGCUCCCACCAAUACUUCGUGCUCUUUCUCUCUCCGAGCUCCUCAACGGCUAUGUCGUCCUUGUACGUAACCUGCCAUCGCUUCUACAAGACAGAUGCUCCUAACAGUACUUUGUGCUCUCUCUCUCCUCCGAGCUCCUCAACGGCUAUGUCGCCCUUGUACGUAACCUGCCGUCGCUACAAGACAGGUCUACACUUCAACAAGCGAGGUCGUCACCUAACUCUUCAGCAGUUAUGUCGUCCUGGUACUCUUUAUGCUUCCACCUACUUCGUGCUCUCUCUCUCCUCCGAACUCCUCAACGGCUAUGUCGCCCUGGUACUUAACCUGAUCUCGCUUCUACAAGACAGAAAGAAAGAAAGCGAUAUAGCUGGUCGAGAUACUCUCGCCUCUACUAAAGCAUCGCUACCUCGCGACCGCUUGCUGUACGCCAAGCUGCGAGCCGAGAAACCAUCCACCAGUCACCAGGAGCCCCCCACGCCGCAAGCGGAGACCCACCCGCGUGGGGUGCUGCUGGAGCGAUGGACCAUGCAUACUCUGCCCGCCAAGCGCAAACUCAGCAGGGAGACUUGCAACAUCAAGAAGAUCGAAGCCAAUUGCGACCAGGACGAGUUGGACGAGUUGGACGAGUUCAAACGGAAACUGAACGUCGUAUAUUCCGUCCGCACUCCGGGCGAUACUUACCAUGCGAACGAAUUCCAAAAAACUCCUAUAAGCCAUCAAUUCCCAGUGACAGACAUAGGAGGGAAUGUCCAUCUAAAAGUUGUUCUAGAAAGUCUUCCAAGGGUGGACGAAAUACCAAACGUCAAAUGUACCUGUCAAAAGCGGAGAGCUAGCAAGGAAAUGCCCGUCAACAUUCACGAGGAAUUGACGGGCAAACUCAAUGAUCUCACAAUAGGUAAUAGGAUAAAAUUCCCCACGGAUUUGAUCAAUUCGAAUACUGGCAACCCAGCUAGGAGGCUUUCCAUUGUCACCAAUGCAGCUUCUACCGAAUAUUUAUAUACGAGCGAUGAGAAAGAUGAAAAAAAUAAAGUGCUAGACGAUAGGAUGUUGACGCCAUGCAGCGAGAACGGGAAGCACAAAUGCAAUUGCGACGAAGAAUCUGACGGUAGAGAGAUGAAAUCUUUCACUAGCGUCAAUAAUGAACCUAAGAAACUGGACGAGAGACGUUUGCGGGAAAUAGCCAAAUACAAAAGGCGAUUGCGGAAAGAGAGCAAAUUAAAAAAGCUAUCGGACAGCACGUCCUCGGAAGGCGAUAAAAUUGAGAAGGCUAAAGAAACGCACACAUCAAUACCUAUUUUGCAAGCUUCCAGAUUCGAUAGGUUGAGAGCUAUAGGAUGUUAUAGGAAUCAAACUUAUCUGACAUUGCCGGCGAGCAGGAUUGAAACCAAAUCGCCUUUCGUAGACGCGGCUACGAUACAACCCGACGAAAUCAAAAAGACUUGCACUGUUGGAACGCAGACUGACAACGUGGCAUGCUCAUGUGGCAGUGUUAUAGAGAUGAAAUGCGAUUCGUGCGUUCAAAACAGACUUGUUAGAUCGGAAGCGAAUUACGAUUUAGCUUCUUUGGAUGGGAAAAACAAUGGAGCCAGGCGCAAACGCGAAGAUGAUGCCGUGGAAAUGUUCAAAAAGCCGAAAUGUGAUAAUUUAUGUAGUGGUAGUAGUAUUCAUAGUGAAAAGUGUGAUAAUUUAGUUGUUACUAAUGUUAGUUUUGGUAGUGACGUUGUGAAGAGACCUAAAAUUAGGAGGUACCAACACCUAAUGGAUAGGAUCGACAGAGUUGUCGAAGACAGAUCGAAUAAAGACAUUGAAGAGUUACAUUUGAAAACUGACGAUACAGUGUUCUCUGUACCGAAAAGGGAAUCGAAGAGGCAGAAGACUUUCUCGAUAAACGACGACGAGUACGUACCUUACGAGAAAUGCGAUUACGGCACUUUCGAGAAAUACGAAAGUGAUCAAAUAGAAUCUCCGGUAGAUCAGAACGGCUUUAAGUUUCCUGAAGUUAGAAAGGGACAGGAGAAUCUUGUGCCGUCGCCGAGUGAGACGGAUAGAUUUAGAUUUCGAUUCGAUUCCGCCGCUUCGAUGGUGUUUCAUACGAAGACUGUUCUGUACGAUCUGACCAAAAUGCCGCCUCGUGCUAGAACGUUCUUGAGGCAGAGGACUCUGUACCUGCCAGCUUCUGCGCCGGCGCCGCCGCCACAUUUGAUACACAAAUGGUUGAGAUAUUUAAUACAUUUGAGGCCAAUAACAGCUCCUAGCGACGACAACGACACGAAAUCCGACGGGGAAACGAAGUUUACCGACGGCCCAUCGAAGAACGCCGACGCCCAAUCGAAAACUGCCGACGCCCAAUCGAAAAUUACCGACGCCCAAUCGAAAACUGCCGACGCUCAAUCGAAAAUUGCCGACGGGGCGUCGAAAAUUGCCGACGGGGCGUCGAAAAUUGCCGACGGGAUCGGCAACUGUCGCGGUCCGAAUCGCGUCUUUGGAGGUUCUAGCGAACACGAUACAGAAGCGAAAAGAGACAAUAAUAUGCUCGAAAUCUGUUACGAGAACGGCAACGGCGUCGCUUUCGAGUUGAGAAGUUUCACUUACGCACCGGAGAACCCUAAAUAUUCGCCUCGGUAG